AUGAACAAUUCCGUGCAGCGAAAGGCUUCUAAACAUGAAGAUGGGGUUGAUUUGAUCAGCAACUUGCCAGAUCCUCUUCUUCUUCUAAUUCUCUCGGGCCUUCCAUCUACCGAAGAACAAAUCCGAACAAGCAUUUUGUCCAGACGAUGGAGAUCCGUGGAUUUGGAUUGUUUUCGUUUAUCUGGUUGGGAUUCCUACAGAACAUUGACAGUAGAGCGGUGGAUUCACGCCACCAUUAUGAAAAACGUCAAACAACUUGACUUGAGUUUUGAGCCCAAGGAGAAGUACUUUGAGGAUAUGGUGAUACCCCAUUGUCUUAUGACUUGCACGUCUUUGGAGCUGCCCAUUGCUGGAGGAUUUGACGUUUGGAUUGAUGAUGCACAUGAUCUGGCUCUACAAAAUCUGAAGACUUUGGAGCUACACUCAUCAAUUGAUGAAUUUACUGCUGAACGACUCAUCCAAGCCCUCGAAUAUUGUCCUGAACUGGAGUCCCUCAGUUUAACCUUUGAAAAUGUCAUCUCAUGUGAUCCACUGGAACACCCGAAGUUGGAUGAUGCUGCAACAAGGAGGAUCUUGCCUCCUGAUGUGAAAUGGCUCGAAUUUUUUGAAUUCAAAGGAGAAAAGCCGAAACUAGUUUUAAUGUAUGAAAAUGGAUAUGGAUGGAUGGAUUUAGUUGCCAGGUGGGGUAAACAAGCCAGUUAAUUGUCAAAGUGACUACUUUAAUUUACUCUUUAGAAACACGGAUGUUACAACACAAGCUUUAUGGUAAACUAUCAGAAGUAGUAGAUACCUGUUCAUGUG